UGUUAUAAUCUUUACGUAUAUCGGUUUAAUGUGGAAGUGUUUUGAACCGAAUGUGAUUAGUUAUAGUACAUUGAUAGACAUGUUUUGCAAGAUGGGGGAUUUGGAUUUGGGUAUAGGGUGUAUGGUUAUAUGGUGAAGGAUAAGGUGUCGCCGGAUUUGUUUGCUUUUACUUGCUUGAUUGAUGGGUAUUGUAAGGCUGGUAAUUUGGAGGUUGCAUUUGAAUUGCUAGAGGGAAUGAAGAAAUCGUUAUUUUUACCGAAUGUGGUGACUUAUAGUGCUUUGAUUGAUGGGCUGUGCAAGAAUGGGAAGUUGGAAAGAGCUAAGCGUUUGUUUUGUGAAAUGGUGGAACAUGGGGUUCGGCCUAGUUCAGCGGUUUACACUUCAAUGAUAGAUGGGCAUUUCAAGAAAGGAAAUGUAGAUGAGGCCAUGAAGUAUAUGAGUAAAAUAUGGGAUGGAAGGGUUAGUCUUGAUGCCGCUGCAUAUGGAGUGGUGGUCUCAGGCCUCUGUAAUAAUGGUCAGUUCGAUAAUGCGAUGCGGGUUGUUACAGAUGAUUUCGCCAUGAGUGGUUUUUCUCCAGAUAAGAUGUUGUUGACGACCAUUAUGGAUGUAUGUUUCAAAGCUGGCAAUUUGAAAGCAGGUUUGGGUGUCUACAGAUUGUUAGCAAAGGGUUUUGAACCAGAUGCUUUGGUGCUUUCAGCUUUGAUGGACGGCUUAUGCAAGCAUGGGCAUUUCGAGGAGGCAAGAGGCUACUUUUGCAAGGAAAAGGCUAAUGAGAUUUCAUAUACUGUGCUCAUUGAUGGGAUGUGUAAGGAAGAAAACUUUAGUGAAGUUGAGACGAUCUUCAGUGAUAUGUUGGGCUAUGCAGACAAUCUUCAGUGAUGUCCGAAAUGGGGUUUAUUCCAGACAAAUAUGUAUACACUUCUUGGAUUGCUGGGCUAUGCAGACAGGGUAAUCUGGUCGAGGCUUUGAGACUCAAGAAUAAAAUGGUUAAAGAGGGCAUCAGCCCUGAUCUGUUUACUUAUAGCUCACUUAUUUUUGGUUUAGCAAGGGACUCAUGGUUGAAGCACAACAGGUUUUCAAUGAUAUGUUGAAAAGAGGAAUUACUCCUGACCGUCAUGUCUUUGGUAUUCUGAUAAGAGGGUAUUGUGAUGAGGGUAAUGAUGUUGCCAUUUUAGGUUUGCAUGAUGAAAUGAGAAAGAGAGGACUUGUAGUCACAGGAGGUAAAGGAGAUAGAGAGCAUUGAUUUGUGAUAGCAUGUAAGGCUCCACAAGACCCAAGGGCUUUGCAGGGUAUUCCGUAAAGAAACUUGCUGCCAUGUAGCGCAGGCACACCCUGCACUGCUAUCCAUAAGAAAGUCGUCUUCAAGAGGGAAAGCUGGCUCAGAAUUCUUGCAAUUAUGGAAUUAUUGGAAUGUUCCAUCUGCGGUCCUCGCAUUGGUGUAGAGCAAGGACCUCCAGUUAUAUGUGCCUCGUUCUGUGACAGGGUCUUCAAGGCUUGUGCCGAGGCUUACUACUUGAGGGAUGCAAUAACACAGGUUCAAGCACGGUUGUGGUAGGCAUCUGAGUGGAUCCGUAAUGACACAGAGUUAUGCCAUGCUGAGGUGUUUUCUGUGAAAGAAUAUACAUCUGAGGGCAUGGAAGAAACACUUUUCUAUGGUGUUUAAAGCCAGUUUGAUUUGAUUGCAGAUUCAUGGAAGGUUCUCAUAGUCUAAGGUGCUACAGAAGCUUGAGAGCUUGAGGCUGUUAGAGAAAUUCCAGCAGAGAGUGAGGAAAUGCCAAUCAGCUCCAUCAACAAGCUGUUUUGCCAUUAUCUACUAAGAAACUUGAAGCCGAGAUGAAGCAGAAAUCUUCUAAUGUCAAUUUACAAGAGCUGUAUCCAUAUUGUAUUAGCUCUUUUCUCAUGGCAGUGAAUCAUGUAUCAGUGGAGUAUCAAUUACCGAGUUUCUGUUUUGAUUAUUUUGGAGAUCGCAAUAGAAGCUUUUCU